AUACCACCUGGACUGCAACAUGAUGGCCUGGAAGCGCUUUCUUUGCUGUGCCAGUCGGGUACCAUGGAUUGGUUGCCAUUUGCUAAAGCGAAGCUGUACACGAAUGCAUUCGUGAGGCAAGACGGUAAGCUGCUCCUUGGCUACAAGAAGAGACGUUUUGGAAAGGGAUUGUACAAUGGCUUCGGAGGCAAGGUUGACAAGGGUGAAACGCCCGCCGAGGCAGCAGCGCGGGAGCUCGAGGGACGUCUCUCGGGAAUAACAGCUCAGCUAGAACACAGGGCCACGUUGCUGUUCAUGAGCCCCGAGAUCACCGAGGCUGCUCAUAUCGAAGUCUACUACGCUGAGAAGUUCGAAGGCACGGUUACUGAGUCAGAAGAGAUGCGACCGGAAUGGUUCGCCAUCCCGGACACGGAAGCCCGACAUAAAGACGUCAUCCAGAACCCCAAACAAGUAGACGAUGCGUCUGGGCUGCGCUUCAUCCCGUACGACAAAAUGUGGGAGGAUGACGCGCUAUGGUUGCCCGCGUUUCUAUCAGGUCAUCGCUUCAUCGGUCGCGCAGAUGUUGGUACAGACGGUCAUCUGCAGAAGUCGUGGUUCGCGUUGAAGUCGUGAUAUCAUGUUCUCCGCCUACCUCGUCACUGUGUUCGCCCGAGAGUUCUCUCGCUGCUUUCUACUCAUCAUCGUUGACACAUCAAUACCAAGAUCCAUAGACUCAAUACCAUGCCCCAACGCUAGCCAAUGCUUCCUCCAACGUCCCCAAAGCCGCCUUCUAGCUCUUGUCCGUCAACCCAGCUCGCCUCUACCAUGAUGCCGCCGGCAUGCAUUGGCCAGUGCGCGGACCACGGGCGGGGUGAGUGAUAGGCAUCGCUCGAAUACUAUCGCGUGGACUGUGUACUUGUAGGAGAGUGGUGAAGUGAGCGAACAUUUUCGC